AUGAGGAAUUCGGUCAUCGUAAGAACGAGUACGAACCUCGUCGGUAAAUUCACCCAGAGCGUACGGAGAAUCGUCCAGGACGUCAAGGAUGAGGGGACUGCCAGUGGACAGACGAAGGAGGAGGUGAUCGAAACGAACGAGAGGCUGCGGGCCGUGAGAAUACGGCUCGACGGUAGCUACGAGACAGCCAAACGCGCCCUCGUCGAGCUCAUGGCCAAGUACACCAACAGCAAGCAGGUGCGCAACGUCUUCGAGAGAUACAACCUCCUCAAAGUUAUGAUAAAGGACGUGAUAAAGCUGGAGACGCAGUACUGGACACUGGUGGACAUACCGCGGCAAGAGAAGCAAGAGACAGUACCGGCCUUCGUGCUGCGGGCCUGCACGAUCAUGGAAAAGAGCCACAAGAGCGGCGAGGGCGUCAAGACGUCGGCCAAACUGGCCGAGGAGGCCGAUACCAAGCGCGAGCGCAUCGAGCGGCUCGAAAAUAUGACGACGGCUCAAAUCGAGGCAGAGAACACGCAGAUGACUAACGACCUGUACCGACUGCUCAAAAAGUACACCGGCCUGAGGAACCUCAUCCGGGACCUCAAGGAAGAAUACAACAGCUCGAAGGUGUACCCCAUAGUGCCACGUUACACAAUGCUGAAGGACAUGAUAAAGGACAUAAUGCACAAUCCGGAUUACAUGGAGGUGUGCCACGAGGUCGACGCAUAGCCAAUCGAACCCCUUCAUCGUCCACCCCGCGCUUUUUAAGUUACCGUAGGUUGUACUGUAAACACCACCCAAGUGAACAAGAGGAACAAAAAAGAACAAUACAUCACCAUUGGUUCACAGCAACAACCAUGCGGGUAUAGCGACGACGACGAUGCAGGGAUUCCGCACAAUACGUAUCAGUUGAUACAAAAAUAAUAUCCAGCCUAUUGUACAACCAAUGCAUUUUCAUUUGUUUAUUCAUUUUUUUGUUUUUCCACCAACAACAACCAGAUCCGCACUAUUUGUUUUAUUUGUUUCAUCGUACUCAAGUUAGGAAAGUCGUUGCGUUGGACAGUUAUGUGACGCAUAUGUGUUAAGUUUUGUCCUUUUUUUUCCAUUUAACUUUUAUAAAUUAUUUCAAUUAUUAUGUCAAAGUAUCAAAAAGAAUUUAGCACGACUAUACACAUAAUCGCUGAAUAUUACAGUUUUUCAAUCAAAUUACCGAAAUUUUUUAUAAAAUGCGUAAAAAAAUAAAUCGACCCAAAUAAAAAAAAUUUUUUUAUAUUCAACUGCCGUCUACAUGGUCGACUUGGCAUACAUUUUCGAAACAGUAAAUGUCUUCAGCUUUUUAAAACUAUUUUAUUGACAUUUUGUCCUUUUGUAAUGCGUCUUGGUACUUUACGUAAAUAAUUGAAAAAAAAAAAAAGAAAAAAAAAUAUAUCAAAAUCAAAAAAGACUUACGCACUUGAAAUUCUAAAAUUUCUAUAGCCCAUUUCACAGUCUAUAAAUGUUUAUAUCAUAAUAAUAAUCCUCCAACAGUCGUAGAUUGUAGAAUUUUCAGUCUCUGGUUGUCUAAUUAUACUAGUAAACGAAUAACUAAAUUUAUGAAAAAGACAAUGCUUUUGCAUAUUUAGUACUACACUACUGAUGUAUUUGUCACUAGAGAAAAAAGUUUAAUUCCAAUAGGUAUAAAAAGUUAAAUGUUGCAAAACAACGUUUCAGUAAAUUUUAAAAGAUUUUUGUCGUUUAAAGUGAAAAGUCACCUUUUUCUCUAGUGAAAACGUAACGCACUUCUGUGCAGCAGUCGUGCCUACGAGGAGGAAUAAUAAAAGCGUAGAAAAGGAGAAAAAAUGUAAUAUUAGAUAUUAACAAAAAACAACUAAAUUAACUAAUAAAUAAACCAUAAGCGUGAUCCAUGCAAUAAACAAAUAACCAAAAAGUUUUAAGAAUUGAUUAAUCUUGAAUGUGCACGACCAGGUUUUUGUCGUAAGUAUUUUAUUUUUUAUUGAAUUGUCCAUUAAGAAGACUUCUGAUUUCGAUCAGAAUAGCCGCUUUCACGUCGAGACACAAAACAUUGUAAUAUAAAAAUUAAAAAAUUUAAAAAAAAUACUUACGUGUGUAUACAUACUUAGUAGAUAAAAUUGAAUUGUACUAACGCGUGUAGUGUGUAGCUCGAUAGUUGACGUACGGGUGUCUAUUGAUCACCAUAACAUUAGUUGUGCGUUUGAAGACAUCCGCUAACUACAUCAAUGGUUCUUAUGUUAAACAAACAUAAGUAGCUACAUCCCGUAUUUUGGGCAGAUAAAAAACAACCGAUAGUUGAGUAUGUAUGUUUCGUAUUUUCAAAGAUAUUCUAUGUAGUCUAAAGAUUCUAUGUAUACCACAUGUUGCAUAUAAAAUACGUACGUGUCCACGUAUGGCCAUGUUUGAUUUUAUCUAAAUUUUUUAAGCUUCCAACGUGUCCACCUGUUAAAAACAAAACCAACGGAAAUUCGGUAAAAUCUUAUAUAAAGUCUUUAAUCAGGUCGACAUUUUAAGUAUAUUAAAAUUUUUUGGUGUUACAAGAAAACCACAAUGUCAGAUCGCUGUUCGAUAUUUGGAAAAAAUUAAGAAAAAAAUGUAGUGAAGAUAUUUUGUGCGCUCGAACGAUUUUCAGAAAUGCGCUGU